AUGGAGAUCCCCUCCCUCCCUGAGACCAAUUCGUCGUGUGCAGACUGCACUGUGAGAGGGGAUGGGGGUCUGAAUAUAUCCACUCCCCUGCUGAGCCCCAGCUUCUAUGUCACGGUGCCUGUCAUCUACUCGGUCAUCUGUGCCGUGGGGCUGAUAGGCAACACUGCCGUCAUCUAUGUAAUCCUCAAAGCCCCGAAGAUGAAAACGGUCACCAACAUCUUCAUCCUCAACCUGGCCAUUGCUGAUGAGCUCUUUACUUUGGUGCUACCCAUCAACAUUGCUGACUACCUGCUCCUGCAGUGGCCCUUUGGAGAGUUCAUGUGCAAGCUCAUCAUUUCCAUAGACCAGUACAACACCUUCUCCAGCAUCUACUUCCUCACUGUCAUGAGCAUUGACCGCUACCUGGUUGUGGUGGCCACCACCAAGUCCAGGAAGAUGUCCUACCGCACCUACCGAGCCGCCAAGAUUGUGAGCCUCUGCGUCUGGUCCUUCGUCACAGUCAUCAUCCUGCCCUUCACUGUCUUUGCUAAGAUAUACAAGGAGCAGGGACGCUCCCAGUGUGUCUUCGUGUUCCCCCACCCUGAGAGCCUCUGGUGGAAAGGCAGUCGGAUCUACACCCUUAUUUUAGGCUUUGCCAUCCCAGUGUCCACCAUCUGCAUCCUCUACACCACCAUGCUGUGCAGACUGAGACGUGUGCACCUCCAUUGCAAUGCAAAAGCGCUAGACAAAGCCAAAAAAAAGGUGACGCUGAUGGUUGUUGUCAUCCUGGCUGUGUGCCUGUUCUGCUGGACACCAUAUCACCUUAGCACAGUGGUGGCCCUCACUACAGACAUCCCACAAACUCCACUCAUCAUCGGGAUUUCCUACUUCAUCACUAGCUUGAGUUAUGCCAACAGCUGCUUCAACCCUUUCCUGUACGCCUUUCUGGAUGACAGUUUCCGGAGGAGCCUUCGCAAACUGAUUGAUUGCAGAACCACCUCAUAA